AUGGCGUUCUCUAUGUCACUUAAAAAAGGCCAAGUUCCUGUUAAAUGUAAAUUAUGUGAAACAGAUAGACCAAUACAGUGUAAAUGCAUGGACUGCAGUAUUCUUAUGUGUGUUCAUUGUAAGAACAAGGUACAUUCUCAAUUUAAAAACGCACAGGAUCAUAAAAUCAUUAGCAUAGAAGAGAUCGGACAGCACAGAGAAGAAUUGGAUUUUACCAAUAUCAAAUGUCAUGAACACACAGGACAAUCAUCAUGCCUUUACUGCAAUACAUGCGAAAUGCUUGUGUGUCCAACCUGUAUUGCAAAAGUUCAUAAGAAGCACGAUUUAAUUGAAAUUAACGAUGCAUACAACAAAAAGGUAAAAAGACUGAAUAAAGAACUAGGUAAAAUGCAGAAGAGUAAUCAAAAUAUGAAUGCAGCGAAAGGCAAGCUCAACAAACUUAUGUCAGUGGAAAAUUCUAAAUAUUCAAAGGCAAGACUAACUUUUCUUAUUCAUGAGAAAAAUGUUAAAGAACGAGUAGAAAAAUAUUUUAAAGAACUCAAAUCUAAAUUGAGUCAGAGUCAUGAAACGGUUUUAACAAUAUUCACAUCUGAUCUCAAUUCUAUAUCAUUAUUCGCAAACAAGAUAGAGGAGAGAAUCAACCAAGUCCAGGAUUCAAUCGCGAUUUCCAAUGCUACUGACUUCUUUGCACAUAUCAAGACAUUGGAGAAAUUUACAUCAAUUAAAGAACCACAAACCAAGUUUAGCUAUAGUUCUUCACUCAGAUUCGUUCCAGGUAGUUUUAACCAAUCACACAUUGGUUAUUUCCAAGAUGAUGGAGUUUUGGAAGUAGAAAAAGAUAUUUCCCUAGAGAUUGAAAGUGAAUAUCAGACAAACUUCCCUAUUAUAGCAUUUAUAAGUACAUGCACGGAUCAUUCAAUUUGGUUAAGUGCUAGUCAAUAUAAAUUAUUACAGAGAGUUAAACCUGAAGGAAACAAUCUGAAUGUUAUAUCUACAUUUAACAUUAAAGUUUGUGGAAUGGUAGUUACCCCAUCUCAUCAACUCCUUCUGUGUAUUGAAGGGAAAUCAAGGUUACAACAAAUCAGUAGUACUGGUGAACUGACUGAUUCUGUUUAUGAUGUAACUCCUUUCCUUCCCUCGGCUAUCCACGUUGUCAGUGAAAAUAAACUUAUAGUAGGAGCUUAUAAUGAUCACCUCUGUAAAAGUGCUGUGAUUAUAAUGAACGAGAAGGGAAACAAGGAGACUAUGUAUGAACAUGAUGAACAUAACCGACCUUUAUUUGCCUAUCCCAAACGUAUUACCACAACAAGUAAUGGUCAUAUACAUGUCGUGGAUAAGAUUUCAGGUGACCUCAGCGGUAAACUCUUGGUAAUAAGUCCCGAUGGACAUAUAGCAAACGAAUAUACAGGUCAUUCGGCCAUCAAUAAGAGUAAAUCUUUUAAACCAGUGAAUAUUGUGACAUCACCAAAUGACAAUGUUGUUGUGAUAGAUAAGGCUACACAUAUUUUGCACAUCCUCAAUAACAAUGGUCAUUUGGUUUCAUAUUUCAAUACUAAUGAUAUAGGAAUCUUAUUUCCAUGGUCUCUUGGUUUCAACACCACUGGACAACUCUAUAUAGGAUGCACAAAGACUGCGGAUAGUCAAAUUAUGGAAGCAAAGUUAUAUGUAAUUGAUAUUGUAGGAUUCUAA